GGUAGAUUCAAAUUUGGCACCAAGUAAAAAACAGAGUGACAAUUUAGUGGUUUCUCGGUGAUUACAGCGUCAGUGAGGAUGUACGUCACACGGAUGCUUAAACAAAGCAGUUACAUCUCUGUUCCUGUGACUAUAUGGAUCUUCCUCAUCCUGUACAAAUUUCACGGUAGACAUGUCACCCAGUUGUCAGCUGAAACAACACAACAUAGAGAUAGUAAACUACUGUCAGAUAAGAUUUGGAGAAAGACAAGCUUAAAGAAAACACCAUUAGGGAUAAGGAAACCAAAUACGAGAGAAAGAUCUAUAGAACUGAAAAAUAUAGAUAAUGAUAAGUCAAGCAAGCAAUACCCUACACUAAAUGUGGAAGGUCACGGGCGUGUUCAAAAAGAUGACCCUAGAUUGAAUGUGCAGUUAAAACAACCAGUGCAGAAUGUAUUCUUUCUAAAGACCCACAAAACAGCCAGUUCUACUGUACAGAAUAUCUUCAUGAGGUAUGGAGACAACAGAAACCUGACAUUUGGUCUUGCAAAAUCAGGCAAUUUGUUAGGAUACCCUUUGAAUUUCAAAAAGGAUGUUUUAUCACCACUUACAAUUGGCAAUGAGUAUAACAUUAUAUGUCACCAUUUGAGGUAUAAUAGGAAUAUCAAACAAAUAAUGCCUGAAAAUACCAAGUUUAUAAGUAUUGUAAGAAACCCUUUCCAUCAAUUUAGAUCAGCGUUUUACUAUUACCUAUUCCAAAGUCCUAUGUGUUAUAAUAUUGCAUCAAACUAUAGUUUGAAGACAUUCACAGAGGCAACAAGGAGAUUGAAAGAGAGGAUAUGCGGGGUGCCAACAAGGAAUAUAAUGAUGUAUGACUUUGGUAUGGACUUUCCUGAUAUGAAUGAUGAGGCUCUAAUUCAACAGAAAAUACAGAUGAUUGAUGAAGACUUUGACCUUAUUCUUAUAACAGACUAUCUAGAUGAGAGUUUAAUUCUCAUGAAAGAACUACUGAAUUGGAAAAUAGAUGAUAUUGUAUCUUUCACUAAAACAUACUCUGCAUAUAAUAAGUCGAACAUAAUUACACAAUCCAUGGCAACUUCCAUGGUUCGAUGGAACUAUGCCGACCAUUUACUAUUCAAGCAUUUUAAUGAUUCACUAUGGGAAAAAAUUGAUGUUUAUGGAAGGGAUCGCAUGAAUAAACAGAUAAGUGUUUUGAGGAACAGACGUCAUCAAUUGGAAUCAUUUUGUAUAAAAAAUAUGUCAUUUAUUGAUGAAAUUGAAAAUAUUGAUUUUAAGCCGACAAAUAGAAUGGACAUUACACUAGGAUAUAACCUCAAUGUGUUUGCCAAGGGGAAUAGGACGUGUAAUCAGCUCGCAACAGAUGAGGUCCCAUAUACUAAGAAACUUGGCGCUAAAAUGAAAAAGCUUGGUAGAUUUUCCCAUCGUUUAGGAAUCAGAAACACAGAUGAUUUCCACCUUAACCCCAAGAGAUGAAAAUAAAAAAAAGAUAAAUCUCAAAGUUAGUUUUGUGGGAACAGGAGGGAAAUACUUACUUUGGUAGAAGCUUUUUGUAAUUACCAAUCUUAAAAAAUCCACAUUCAUUCAGGUAGAAAGUGAAUUAGUUGCCUAAACUAAGUGAAAGGUCUGUGCCAAAGUAUACUAUAUUGAUGUUCUUUACAGAUCAUGACACAUCAAAAUUAAUGGUUAUGGCCUUAAGGGUUAAUUACAAUUUUAACAUGUUAUUAGUACUACAAUGUAUAUGAAAAUGGUAUAUCAAUUUGAUUUUGUCAAUAAUGUACCAAUAAGAACCAG